AGACGGUAAAGCAGAAGGAAUGGAGAAAGAAAAAGAAAGAGUGCAUUUAGACACGAUACUAAUAGAGGAAAUAGGAGAGUUUGGGAGUUACCAGAAGCGGGCAUUAGGGUUGGCAUUGUUAGUGGCUCUACUUGGCGGGUAUAGUGGGAACGAGUACGUGUUUACUGCUGCCAGGAUAACCACCAGAUGCCUAAUCCCAGAAUGCGAAACCAGCGGUGAUCCCAAUUGGUUGACAAUGGCGAUACCCCAAGAUGGUGGGUCUUUUGACAACUGCAAUAAAUUCAACUCGACAUGGCUUCAAGGGAAUGCUAGCUGCUCGGUUGAUAACUUCGACAGAGAUCUUAUUGUGCCGUGCGAGGAUUAUGUCUAUGAGAAUAUAGACACCGUGGUGUAUGAGUUUGACCUAGCAUGUCAAGAAUGGCUCAGAUCAAUCAUCGGCUCAGCCAGUACAUUCGGCAUGAUGCUGGCAUUGCCAUUGACUGGCUUCAUCGCUGACAGAUACGGGCGACGCCUCGCCUUGGCUCUCAAUGCCUUUAACCACGCCUGGCUUGGCUUGUCCCGGUACUGGACUCAAUCCUAUGGGAGUUUCAUCGCUUUAGAGUUUCUGGAGGCUGUUUUUGGUGCGGCAGGGUUUUCUUGCGCCUAUAUUAUUGCGAUGGAGUUUGUGGGACCGAAGUACCGAGUCCUAGCAGGCGCUACAACGUCCACUUUCUACACAAUCGGCAUGAUCUUGCAGGCUCUAAUGGCCUGGGCUGUACCUUACUGGAGACACUUGACACUUGCACUCUAUAUACCUCAACUUAUCACAAUAACCUACUUCUUUAUCAUGCCUGAGUCAGUCCGGUGGUACUUCAGCAAAGGGCGAUAUACCGAAGCGGAAACCCAACUGAAAAAGGCAGCACAAAUGAAUGGCAAAACUAUGUCUGAGAGAUCUCUUCAAAGUUUGAAAGAGAGCUCCGAAGAGGAGAGAAGGAUGGCUUCAAAGAAGCAACAGGAACCGUGGCUAGUGACUCUUGUCUUCCAACACAAACCUAUACUCCUCCGUUGUAUUAUAGCACCAGUUUGGUGGAUCACAACUAUAUUAGUAUAUUAUGGUUUGUCAAUGAAUGCGGUCAAUAUGUCAGGGAAUAAAUACUUGAACUAUAUGGCGGUUGGAGCAGUUGAGAUUCCUGGGUUUUGGACAGCUGUUCUCCUAAUUGAUAGGAUUGGUAGAAAACCAUUGUUCAUGGGCGCUUUCUGGAUGUGCGCAGCGUGUCAGAUUGGGUUCAUUUUUAUGCCCGAUGGUUUCUACGGUCUCUCCCUGGCAGUGUACCUGCUGGGCAAGUAUACCAUCUCCAUAGUGGUGACGUCACUGUACAUAUUCACCAAUGAGCUGUUCCCAACGCAGUACCGGACCAGUCUGCUGGCGUUCUCGUCGAUGGUUGGCAGGAUUGGUUCUAUUACCGCACCGUUAACUCCUGCUUUGGCUUCAAUGGUAUGGGAGCAUCUCCCAUUCGUCCUGUUUGGGACUCUCGCUGCAAUAUCAGGGUUAUUGGUGCUGCUGGCUCCAGAGACCAAGGGCGUCACGCUACCUGACACUAUGCAGGAGGCCGCCGAGUUGGGCUCCAAGCGUCCUGCCCGAAAAAGCUAG